UGUAUUCUGGCUGUGUCUCUCAGGAGCGAUCUACAUCCGGCUCCUGUCGGUCUGCACUUCUUUGCUUCAUCCAUCUUGUCUAAUUGGGUGGCUGUAUAUGUAUGGGCUACAUGUGGAGCAGGCUCUGAAUGGGUGUUCCUUCAGUCUCUGUUUUAAUCUUUGCCUCUCUCUUCCCUGCCAAGGGUAUUCUUGUUCCCCUUUUAAAGAAGGAGUGAAGCAUUCACAUUUUGAUCAUCCGUCUUGAGUUUCAUUUGUUCUAGGGAUCUAGGGUAAUUCAAGCAUUUGGGCUAAUAGCCACUUAUCAAUGAGUGCAUACCAUGUGUGUUUUUCUGUGAUUGGGUUACCUCACUCAGGAUGAUAUUUUCCAAUUCCAACCAUUUGCCUACGAAUUUCAUAAAGUCAUUGUUUUUGAUAGCUGAGUAAUAUUCCAUUGUGUAGAUGUACCACAUUUUCUGUAUCCAUUCCUCUGUUGAAGGGCAUCUGGGUUCUUUCCAGCUUCUGGCUAUUAUAAAUAAGGCUGCAAUGAACAUAGUGGAGCAUGUGUCUUUUUUAUAUGUUGGGGCAUCUUUUGGGUAUAUGCCCAAGAGAGGUAUAGCUGGAUCCUCAGGCAGUUCAAUGUCUAAUUUUCUGAGGAACCUCCAGACUGAUUUCCAGAAUGGUUGUACCAGUCUGCAAUUCCACCAACAAUGGAGGAGUGUUCCUCUUUCUCCGCAUCCUCGCUAGCAUCUGCUGUCACCUGAGUUUUUGAUCUUAGCCAUUCUCACUGGUGUGAGGUGAAAUCUCAGGGUUGUUUUGAUUUGCAUUUCCCUUAUGACUAAAGAUGUUGAACAUUUCUUUAGGUGUUUCUCAGCCAUUCGGCAUUCCUCAGCUGUGAAUUGUUUGUUUAGCUCUGAACCCCAUUUUUUUGGUUCUUUUUUUCGGAGCUGGGGACCGAACCCAGGGUCUUGCGCUUCCUAGGUAAGCGCUCUACCACUGAGCUAAAUCCCCAGCCCCCUGAACCCCAUUUUUUAAUAGGGAUAUUUGUCUCCCUGUGGUCUAACUUCUUGAGUUCUUUGUAUAUUUUGGAUAUAAGGCCUCUAUCUGUUGUAGGAUUGGUAAAGAUCUUUUCCCAAUCUGUUGGUUGUCAUUUUGUCCUAACCACAGUGUCCUUUGCCUUACAGAAGCUUUGCAGUUUUAUGAGAUCCCAUUUGUCGAUUCUUGAUCUUAGAGCAUAAGCCAUUGGUGUUUUGUUCAGGAAAUUUUUUCCAGUGCCCAUGUGUUCCAGAUGCUUCCCUAGUUUUUCUUCUAUUAGUUUGAGUAUAUCUGGUUUGAUGUGGAGGUCCUUGAUCCACUUGGGCUUAAGCUUUGUACAGGGUGAUAAGCAUGGAUCGAUCUGCAUUCUUCUACAUGUUGACCUCCAGUUGAACCAGCACCAUUUGCUGAAAACAGCAUGUACUCUUAACCACUGAGCCAUCUCUCCAGCCCCAUUAUAUUUAUUCUAUCAGAUUACAAAUUCCUUGAAGAAGGAUUUAUGGCCUACAUGUAUUUCUUAUUGAAAUUGUGUUUUAUAAUUUAUAAAGUCCCUUGGACCACAUUGUUUUCCUCCCUUCUUUUCUUCAUCCCUUCUCCCUCUCUACCUCCUUCCUCACUCCCCCUUCCCCUCCCUUUCUUCUUUUUUCCUCCUUCCAUGCCUUUUUGUGCCAGUCCUCGGUAUAUAUAGACCAGUGCAGAAAGAAAGAGAAAGAAGUGAGGCCCACAUAAGUCAAUAAGUUUUCUUUAAUUAAGGACAUCCUCUGAAGAAAUGACCUCCACACUGAAGGGUCAGUAGGAGGCAGCUAUGUGGGGCAGGUGCAGCAGACACAAAACCUGUGUAGUGUGAGAGCGCCUGAAGGUGCUGAGGGAUGGCACAGUGCUGUGGAGAGAGCUGGUGCUUGCACAAGGAGGGAGAGAUGAGGUAGGGUAAGAUCCCGAAAGCCUAGGAGCUCUGAUGUGAGGCUUAGCUAGAUGCUAAGGCAGCAAAGAUUCACUGGGACCCUUAAAGACUGGACCACCAUCGUCACAUCUUAGAAAGAUUACUUGGGCUUUAUAACAUGGAGAGUAUUGGCCAGGACAGUAACCUAAUCCCUUCCUGAGGGUUGGGCUGAUGACCCUUUACCAACUAUAACUAGAGGAGACUAGGGUGGGAGUUAUUGCUCUUACUUUAAGAAUGAUAGGUGAAUUGAAGUUUGGAGUGGUGGUCUGAGUUACUUAACUUCACAGGAUAGAUUGUAAGACCUAGUUAUGAACUUUUCAGUGCUUGUAAUUAUAUUAUUUCAUUGCUCAUCAUGGGUCAGGAGCUCCCGGUGGCGUACAUGUGAACUCUCCUCGUUUCUUUCUUUUUUUUUUUUCUUUUUUCUUUUUUUCGGAGCUGGGGACCGAACCCAGGGCCUUGUGCUCGCUAGGCAAGCGCUCUACCACUGAGCUAAAUCCCCAACCCACUCCUCGUUUCUUUCUUAACCACCUCAUCUUUGCUUCAUCAACAUCUUUUGACCAUACAAUACCUGACAAAAAUACAUCAACUCAAGCUCCACUCACCCAAGAGGAUACUGCCUUAGGGACUCUCCCCUCUAGAAGCUGUCCCUGAUCUUGUUGGAGAAAAAUGCCUCUUGAAAGCCAUUGGUGCUUCAGUUGAACUCUUUGUGGUCAUUUAACGAAUACUAUGAGUUGUGUUUGGGACAAGACUGAGAAUUCUUUGAGGAAUUCUAGUUCAUGAUGGUUUAUCCUGAAUUACUUAUCCUGGCUUCUAUGGUGGUUUAUGUAGUGUGUGUCUGUAUCCAUCCUCUUUUUCUGAGAUAGGAAGGAAUGGAGGUGCCUAGAGUGAGACAUUGGCGGGCCUCAGGGGGUGAGCUUUUGGAUGCUCACAGGAGGCAGGAAGAGAGUAUGGUUAAUAGAGAGCAUGGGCUCUGCAGUAGAGCAGGUCUGGGUUCUAGUUUUCUCCUUGCUAUUGCAGCCAUGGGAGAGUGAAGUGGAUAGGGUUAGGGGUUCCAGGAGAGCAGAAAAGGCCUGGAUAGGCAUCUCCAAGGUAAAUAUAGACUUACAGAUAGCUUUGGGGGCAGGGCUGAGAUAGGCACUGGAAUUUGGUGAGAGCUUGGUCUUCUCUUGGCAGCCCUGGUACAGGGCUGCUGGAUUUCUAACCCUUAUUUCUCCAGAGUUCAACAUUGGAUGACCAAUGCCCAAUGGAGAUCCGGUGCACAGAAGAGGGUCCUGGGCCUGGGAUCUUCAGAGCAGAGUUGGGAGACCAGCAGCAACCCAGACUGAGUGGGAUCUGGUUGGUCUUCAGAGACCAGAACCAGGUUCUGUCCCUUGGGGGCAGGCUCCUGUUUGAACUUCAAGGUUGAGUAAAGCUUGCUGGCAGGAGGAGACAACCCAGACAGCUCUCUGCUUCCUUCAUAGUCUCUCAGUCCCAGCGUUGGUGCUGCCUGCAACGUGGCUGUGUAAUACUGGGAGCCCUGGGGCUGCUGGCUGGAGCAGGUGUUGGUUCCUGGCUCUUAGGUCAGUACUGGGCCCUUCUGUCUGAAGAGGGGAGGAGGACAGGAUCUGAGGGAAGCUUGGAGAUGGAAGCAGGUGCUGAACAGCCACUGUAUGUAGAUGGACAAGCCCCUCUGUCAUCUGUGCUGUAUGGACAGCCAGACAGGGAAGGGGUUACCCAUGGAAUGGAAGGAUUUAAGGGUCAUAGAGGGAACACCUUGACCCUACAGUCCUCUUACUUGUAUGGAUGGUCCAUGGCUUUAGUCAGAUUCUCCCUCCUCCCCCACCUAGACACUGUUCUUAGUGAGAGACAAACAGACAAAUAGAAACACAGGAUAGUCUGACAGACAGUCCUGUGCCUCUCUUACUGAUUGAUUGGGGUCUAUCUAUAGUCAGUGUGGCUGACAGAGAUUCUUUUUUUUUUUUUUUCUUUUCUUUUCUUUUUUUCGGAGCUGGGGACUGAACCCAGGGCCUUGAGCUUGCUAGGCAAGCGCUCUACCACUGAGCCAAAUCCCCACCCCACAGAGAUUCUUUAGAAGGCAGGCCUACCCCUACUGCUGUACUGACUUGUUAGGCACGUUGAGCCUUUCUGGGGGUUUCCUCCCGGUUCCCAGUCUCUCUGUGACUUUCUCUGCACUUUGUUAGUGUUGUAUCUCUGGCCGGCUGCCUCUCCACCCGUCUCGGUGACGUUGCAGGAGGAGGAGGUAACGCUGAGCUGCCCAGGAGUGAGCAGUGAGGAAAAACUCCUUCCAUCUCUUCCCAAAGCAGGUGGGCAAUGUCCUCAAAGCUACAGGAACCAGAUUUGCUCCUAGCUCGGGGCCCUUUACACUUCAGGACGGAAAUGAAGGACCAGCAGUUUGCCAUCACCCUCUGUCCCUUCCUCUACUGGAUGGGAGUUGUAACAAGGUCUACCUGGCAGCACUGAGGUCGGGUUUAGGGCUUACGGUCUUCCCUAAGGAGUGUCCCGAUCUUUAGCUGGGGUGUGGUUAGGAGGCCAGGGCAGUAGAGAAAUGAAGCUUAUGUGGGGGAAGAGGAGCUAGCGGUAGGGGUGACAGUGUGUGAACAGCAGGGCCACCAGGUCAUCUGAGGACAUCACUCCACAUUGUCCCCUGGCUGUCUCCACUGUCCGUUCUUCCAGGAAGAGUUGGAGUUCACACAGUACAAUGCUGUCCAAAGGUCGGAUGUUAGAAAGAGUUAUAGAAGUUAGAUCAAGCCUGGGGUUUUCUUAUUUAUGUAUUUAUUUAUUUAUUUAUUUAUUUAUUUAUUUAUUUAUUUAUUGCUAGAUGGGUACAUUAUUUCCUUGAGCUUCCAAUUCUUUCUAUGCACAGUGAAAAAGAAAAGUAUUUACUGCGUGCAAUUGUAAUAACAAAGCAUGGAAAUACAUAAAAGAAGCGUAGUUGUGAGCCCGUGUAUCCGCCAUCUGGCCUGCCAUAACAAAGCACUACAGAUGGGGUGUGCGUUUAUUUUCUCACAGACUGGAUGCUAGACGUCCAGUUACAAAGAGCAGCUUGGUUCCUGGUGAGGGCUCUCUUCUUGGCUCCCUACAGUAUCAUCCUACAGUAUUUUCUGUUUGCUGGGAGGUGGGUAGGGAAAUAAUGAAUGAGUUGGUGUCUUCUAUGAGGACACUGGCCCCCCUGGACCAGCACCCCAGGAUCUCAUUUCAUCUUUAAGUGCCUAAUGUAUCCAAGCUGGCCUCUAGCUCCUGCCUCCACCUCUGGAGUGUAGGGGUUACAGGCUUGUUCUACCACAGCCAGCACUGGGAGUCAAACCCAGGGCUUUGUGCAUGCUAGGAAAGGACUCUGUCAAUGAAGCUGUAGAACAAGGCCUUUUGUUUAAUCUUAAAUGCCUUCUUCAAAGCUCUGUCUCUAAACACAGUUAAACUGAUGGAGGGCUGGAGGAAGAGAGGGAGGGAGGAAAGGAGAGAGAUAGAGAUAGAAAUAGAGAGAGUGAGAAAGAGAGAGAGGGUGGAGAGAGAGACAGAAAGAGAGAGAGAGAGAGGGGAGGAGGAGAGAGAGACAGACACACACACACAGAGAAAGAGAGAGAGACAGAGACACAGAGAUACAGAGACACACAGAGAGAGACACAGAGAGAAUAUGCAACAACACAGGGGAGAAAGCAGUUUAUAAACAUUGACUACUACUGUCACAAUAUUUGAAUUCAGGAGACUUGGCUUAUGUUCUAGAUCUAUCCCUUGUUGGUCUUGGACAAGUUGCUUUCACCUUUGUGCCUCGAUAUCCCCUCUGUUGAGGGAGUUAACUGCUUUCUUGUAGGGUUGUUAUGGUUAAGAGUGUGGUAGAAUACCCCUGUUUAUUACUCUCUCUCGUGUGUGUGUGUGUGUGUGUGUGUGUGUGUGUGUGUGUGCACGUCUGCCACUGACUGAGUGUGGGGGUCAGAAGACAAUUUGUUGGUUCUCUAUCACAUAGGCUGUGGGGGUUCAGCCCAGGUUGACAAGCUUGAUGAUGAGUGCUUUUAUCUGCUGAGUCAUCUCCCUUGCCUCAGAGCACCUUUUAAAGCACAUGGUCAAAACACGGAACUGAAAUAUCUACAAAAUGGUAGCUUUUGUUUUCAGCACUGACCAGGCACCCAGGGGGGCAGGCAAGCUGACCUGGGGUGGUCCAAGCGUCCAGCUCCUCUUGGUUGGGCAGCAGGAGGGUUUUCACAUGGGGCUUUUAGUAUCUUUCAGAAUAAAUGGUGAGGAUCUUCUGCUUGAAGUGCAAGUAAGGGCUCGGCCAGACUGGCUCCUGGUCUGCCAUGAGGGCUGGAACCCUGCCCUGGGGAUGCACAUCUGCCAGAGUCUUGGAUAUUUCAGGCUCACUCAACACAAGGCAGUGAAUCUGUCUGACAUCAAGCUCAACAGAUCCCAGGAGUUUGCUCAGCUCUCUGCUAGACCGGGAAGCCUUGUAGAGGAGGCAUGGCAGCCCAGCACUAACUGUCCUUCUGGCCGAAUUGUUUCUCUCAAAUGUUCUGAGUGUGGGGCAAGACCUCUGGCUUCUCGAAUAGUUGGCGGUCAAGCUGUGGCUUCUGGGCGCUGGCCGUGGCAAGCUAGUGUGAUGCUCGGCUCCCGACACACAUGUGGGGCCUCUGUGCUGGCACCCUACUGGGUAGUGACUGCCGCCCACUGCAUGUACAGUUUCAGGCUGUCCCGUCUAUCCAGCUGGCGGGUUCAUGCAGGGCUGGUCAGCCACAGUGCUGUCCGACAACACCAGGGAACUAUGGUGGAGAAGAUCAUUCCCCACCCUUUGUACAGCGCCCAGAACCAUGACUAUGAUGUGGCUCUGCUGCAGCUCCGGACACCAAUCAACUUCUCAGACACUGUGAGCGCUGUGUGUUUGCCGGCCAAGGAGCAGCACUUUCCACAAGGGUCGCAGUGCUGGGUGUCUGGCUGGGGCCACACCGACCCCAGCCAUACUCAUAGCUCAGAUACACUGCAGGACACAAUGGUACCCCUGCUUAGCACCGAUCUCUGCAACAGCUCAUGCAUGUACAGUGGGGCACUCACACACCGCAUGCUGUGUGCCGGCUACCUGGAUGGAAGGGCAGAUGCGUGCCAGGGAGACAGUGGGGGACCCCUGGUGUGUCCCAGUGGUGACACGUGGCACCUUGUAGGGGUGGUCAGCUGGGGUCGUGGCUGUGCAGAGCCCAAUCGCCCAGGUGUCUAUGCCAAAGUAGCAGAGUUCCUGGACUGGAUCCAUGACACUGUGCAGGUCCGCUAGCUGAAGAAGAAGCAGCUGCUGCCUGCGACACAGAACUGUGGAUCUCCCAUGGAUCAUCCCAGACUGAGGACUAGCAUCUGGGUCACUGGGCCUUUCCCCAAAGGCUCUGACUUCUAGUUUGUCUUUCUCAUCUGAGAACCUCCACAACAGAGAAGAGUCUGGGGCUGGGUUGGGAAUGAUGAUGAGAGGAAGGGAUAAGAAGACAGAGGAGACAGAAGAGGCUUCUGGAAGCAUCUGGGAGACUGCCCUCUGCUCUCCACACACCCCAUGUGCAUCCACUGGGAGGAUGCUGGAGGUGCCCCAGCCCUGUUUUCUUCUGAGGCCAGGGAAGGCCUAAGUUCAACUUUAGAAGAUGCCCUGUCUCAAGGGUCUUAGGCAGAUAAUGUUAAGGUUGGACCAGCUCAGGUAAAGGCAUCGAAAUCAAGAUCCCCCCCAUGCUGGUCCUGUUUUGAGGUAACUCUAAGUAGCCCUCCGUGAAGCAGAGGUCUACAAGGUAAGAAGGAUGGAGUUGGGUUAGGAUGCUGUUUUUCACACGACAGUUCUGUAAAUUGCUUGAUAUUAAGUGGAGAUUAUAUAUAAUCUUGGUUGAGGUCCUCCCUCUCUGUAUUAGCUAAUGUGAUGAAAUACACGGUCAAGAGAACUUACUUUGGCUCAGAGACAAAAGAUCCAGUCUACUGUGCUGAGGAAUGUGAGGUGCUACUCUGUCAGGAAGCAGGGAGAGGAGGUGCUGGGGCUUUGGUCGUAGACCUCGGCCAUUGCUUAGAGGCCCUAACAUACAGGGCAAGUCUCAGUUACACCUCUCAGGAAAGUCCCUCACAGAUGUACUUAGAGGUGUGUCUCCCAGGUGAUUCAAAAUCCAGCAUACUUGUCAGCAAAGACUAGCCAUCACUGUCACACGUGUUACUGAAUAGAAAUACAAAUUUCCUCCUAUAUAUGUUUCUUGAGACUUAGAUUCUGCCUCCAACUCAUCAUUUAUGGAAUUUUGGUAGGUUCCUAAUUAUUAAAUUCUUUAAGUUAGCUCAACAUAUAUGUCACCAUCUGUAGCAAAGAGACCAACUGUCCAGGGGGUCUGUGGCUUUGAGUUUGAGCACUGAAGUCAGUGCUCCUAGAAAGGCUGGUUUACCCACAAGGUUCAGCUUUUCCCCUUAGCUCUGUUUUUGAGGGAACUAAAUCUUUCAGCCUGGGGAGAUCGCUUCCUGAGUUUAUUCCCAGUUAGCAUUUUCCCAGGGAAGCUUCUUCCUUACUUGCUGGUCUCUAGCAAUUAAAAUGCAAUGGCUAUCUUCUUUCCAAAAAAACUCAAUGAAUUUUUCAUGGUGAUUACCCAGGGAAAUGCAAUUAGCAUUGAGCAAUAACAAGAACUUUGUGAGUUUAUCAGCAUAUUUGUUGAGGGUUUAUCCAAGUAAUUAUUCUUCCUGGAGGGUCUAUCUUCUUUCCUUACACGCUGUGCACUGAAACACAAAGGCCUCAAUUUACUUUGGGCUUCAUUACCUGUAGAAAAAGUUACUGAGAGUCAACGCUCACAUUGCCUAUGCAAAGUUCUGGUGGAUGGUAAAAUGUCUUCAGCCUCCAGCCUGAGCCCAGCAUUUUCUCCCUGGCUUUUCCCCAAAGGAGGCAGUGAGGGGACAGAAGGUUCCCCUGGGAAGGGAGGAGUUAAAAGCAAAUCCACAGGCUACGCUCAUUUUUAUACUUCAUAUGACAGCUACAAACAUUGUUUGGUUAGCGGGAAAUGGUUAUUAUUAUAGCCUCAUAGCCUUCUAGUUAUCAAUGACAUGUGAGCAUACUUGGCAGUUUAGAAAACCUGUUGAUGUGUGUGAUCUCACAGCAUCCGUGUGGUAAAGGUAUUAUUUCAUCUAUUCUGCAGACAACAAGAUUAGCUCAAAAAGGUUUAGUGACUCCGGUAAGAAGACCUAGUUCCUAGGCACUAGAGAAGUAAGACCUGAGUUUGUCUCUUUACUAUCAACCCACAUCCUUAGCUUGCACAUGGGUGAGCGAAAUAGUCCAAUACUGCACAGACGUGUAGAACUGCAAGGUAUUUUAUCAGAUCACCUGACCUAGUCACCUGCUUCCCUACAACAACCUGUAGGAUCCCAGAGGCCAGAAAGGUGGCUCACAGGAAAAGGGCACUUAACAUUGUCUUAUGGUCUGAGUUUGAUCUCUGGAAGCCAAAAGCUGGCAGCAGAAAACCAACUCUCUGUUCAUUCUCUAACCUCUACAUGUACCCCAUGGCACCUGUAAAUAAAUAUAAUUUAAAAA